AAUGGUAAACGUCUUUGGGAGAAAGAGCCAAUCCUCUCGUGUAACGGAGCAAGAUAAAGCCAUUUUGCAACUAAAGCAGCAGAGAGAUAAACUGAAGCAGUAUCAAAAGAGAAUCAGUGUACAGCUGGAGAAGGAAAGACUUCUGGCGAAGCAGCUGCUAAAAGAUGGCAAGAAAGAAAAAGCACUGUUGCUUCUUAAGAAAAAACGCUAUCAGGAUCAGCUACUAGAGAAGACCGAGAGUCAGAUUUCAAAUUUAGAGCGUAUGGUUCAAGAUAUUGAGUUCAUGCAAAUUGAGAUGAAAGUUAUUGAGGGGCUUAAUGCUGGCAAUGAAUGCCUGAAAAGCAUGCACGAGAUCAUGUCAAUAGAAGAUGUGGAAAAAAUCCUGGAUGAGACCCAAGAAUCAAUUGAGUAUCAAAGGCAAAUAGAUGAAAUGUUGGCUGGAGCCUUGACCCAGGAAGAUGAAGAUGCCGUUUUAGCAGAAUUAGAAGCUAUCACUCAGGAAGAAGAUGUAGCACUUCCAGAGGUUCCCACUGACCAUGUACCAGAGAUACCAGAAGCUGCUAAAGUUGAACCAGAGAGGAAAGACGUUAUGAAGAAACAGAACAGAGAGAUGCUGGCAGCGUAACAGAAUUUCUGGUUGAUAUCCAGUGCUGAUCUGCAAAUGAAGCCCUUUUAGUUUUGUGAUGAUGAUGAUCUGUAUCCAACAGAGACUUUUCACACAGUUUACAAGAAAAACAUUGUUAAGCCAC